GACAUCUGUCCUGCUUCAGUCCAAUGUGUGGAUAACGCGUGUGGAGACUGUCCGUGCUACAUAAACUGCUGUCCAGCAUGGAGAAAAUGGAGAAUAAUUACCUUACAUUAUAUUUUUGUUGUUUACCACAACAAUAUAUUAAAUACUAAGCGCAUUCUGGAUAAAAAGAACGCUUUUACUGUUUUUUUCAGGAGGCUUUAGCCUGGAAAACAGACACGUUUAGCGCUCUGCGUAUUUGCUGGAGACGCUGAUGUCUUCAUUGGACUCCUCUCCGUGGGAGAUGGUGGAUCUCUCUCGGAUUUCCAACGUGGAAACGUAGCAUCUAAUUAAUCAGCGACUGCAACUGAACCCUUUUUUUAAAAAGCGCAGUGGCUUUUGGUCCGCUCUCUUCAACACCAAACCUUGGACUCCUGAGAGUGGAGAGACGCAUGGUUUGCUUGGUGCGCUGGGUCGGAAUAUUAAAAACAUAGCUGGCACACCUUGGCCACUUUUUAUUUUGUCUCAAACUGAAUUUGAACCUGUUAAUGGAUUUUUUUUCCUGUUUAUUUAUUCUAUUUUUAUUCUUAUUUUCUUUGUAACGAUCAAUGCUGCUAAGUCAGCUGAGGAGACUGUAUGAGUUGCGUUUUCUGUUUGGAUUUUACCACCAAUAGCCAAGCGAGUUUCAAGGUCUGCUUGGGCCUUAUUUAAGCACACACGCGACGUGAGGAUCAGAGCCUCUUGACAUGAUGACACAGUUAUUAAUACAGAAUGAGUCAGGCUUUCUUCAUAGGAACUGAGUCUAAAAUGAAGUUAUGGGAUGUUUUGGCCACGUGUUUGUUGCUCCUGAGCUCUGUUGCUACAAGGCCUCUCUACCAAAACACUCAGCCAACCAGGAGGACUAACUUCCCCAGAAGCUACCGUGAUUCUGUGUCUCUGUCUGUGGAAGAGCCAUUGUUCCAGCGUGAGGACCACAGCCUGCAGGACAUCUCCAUGGAUGAUCAAUAUGACACUGCAGGUCCCUAUCCAGAGCAGUUUGAAGAUGUAAUGGACCUUAUUGAGGCUGCCAUUGGCAGACUCCGGAGAUCAUCGGAAACGAGCAGCAACUCAAAGGGACGGAGACAGCAAAGACAACGAGGAGCAGCAAACACAAGAGGCACGAGAGGCGAGGGGAGAGGGCAUGGAGUCAAGAGGCGGAGUCGAGGCCGAGGGGGUGGUCGAGCUGGUAAAGGAGGUCGAGGUGAGAAGGGCAAGGAGAAGACAUGGGUGCAGAGUCGUGGUUGCUUGCUAAAGGAGAUCUAUCUGAAUGUGACAGAUUUGGGGCUGGGACACCGGACUAAAGAGGCGCUAAUCUUCCGGUACUGUAGUGGUCCCUGUAGUGAGGCAGAGACCAACUAUGACAAGAUCCUGAUGAACCUCACACACAAAAAAAAGCUGGACAAUGACGCACCCUCUCGCACCUGUUGUCGACCAAUCGCAUUUGAUGAUGACUUAUCUUUUUUGGACGAUGAUUUGGUGUAUCACACGCUGAAAAAACAUUCAGCAAGGAAAUGUGCCUGUGUCUGAGGAAGCAAGAAAAUGACAGACACUACCAGCACCAGCAAACUACAGAUUAUAAGCUGGUGUCUCGACAGGAAGUCAAACUUGGAGUGUAUCUCUUAUUUUUGUCAGUUGUCACCAAGAGGAGAUGCAGGUGAGUAUAACAAGACCACCUGAAAGGCACUGGAACAGCUGUUUAAAAGUAAACUGCAUGCUAAACUUUUGGCAAUCAGCAUUUUCAGUCCUCUAGAGCACCAAUUCCCAGAAGAUUCAGUACUGCUCCACUUCCAGAUUUUGUAACUGUGCUGUCAGAGAAGGUGAAAGUGAAGAAAAACUUUUGCAAGUGGAAUUAAUUUACCAGGAACUCAGUUUUUCCAUUGCUGCCUGGCUCCAGAUGAAUCCAGAGAUUAAAGGAGCUUUCUCGGUUGCAGUUGAACUCACUUCCACCAAUAGUCUGGACGUUGAAAUUUGCAUUUGGAGCCAAGAAACCACAUGGCAAAGACAUAGGUGCAGCAAAGACUUUUACUGUAAUGCGUCUACAUAAAAUCCAGUCAUUGUGUGUAUAUAUAUAUAUAUAUAUAUAUAUAUAUAUAUAUAUAGUGUGUAAUAAGAAGUAUAUUUAUUAAGAUGGAAUUAACUUAUUGUUAUUUAUUUCAAUCCAUUUUAUGAGAGAAAUUUUCUUCUGUUUUUCCUAUUUAUUUAAUAGCUUUGUUUGUCCUGGAUGGUGCCAAAGUGGAGCAUUUUUUUCAUGCAAGGUGAUCUAGAACUGCUUAACAGUUCUACACAUCUUAGCAAUGCCUUUUUUAAAAAAAUAACAUUUAGAUUCCUUUUUUUUUCAAACAUCCUUAUGAUCAUCAGUAGCCAUCAAAGUAAGGUAGGAUAGAUAGAGAGGCAGAGGAGGGGACCAAUAGAAGAAUUUAGGUAAAAACCAGAAUAAAACAGAUGAGCUGUUUUGACACUCUUUUUUUUUUGGGACGAUGAUUCAGUUCACCUCACUUUUCAUUAAUGCAACCACUAAGAAAACUUAUACUUUCUUCUAAUAACACCUCUUCAUCACAUACUAUGUUUACAAGGAAGCAAGUACUUCUUUGCUUCAAGGACAGAUUUAAUGUUACUCCAACCAGAAGCCAUAACAACUUUAAGAUUAAAUGUAAAAUCAGCAUGGGUGCAAUGGUCUCACAAGGAUUUAAAGGUGCCUUUGAGGAUCCAUCCUUUGAGUUGCACAGUACAGAAGCUGCUACAAUGCUUGCCAAUCAGCAGUCAUUAUCCAAAACCUCACUCUGCCCUCGCAGCAGGUCUGAGUGGGGCUCCACGGGGGUUACUGUCCCAGUAGGCUUUAACGUUCACGGGACUCCCUGCAUUUCUGUCUGUUCUCUGACUGACAGGUCUUAUUCCCUCAAAGGGGAUUUGAAAGUGAUCCUCUAACAUGAGUCUUAACCAAAUAUCCCCACUGGCAAAGGCAGUUUAAGGAAGAUCUAGCUACUGUAGUGGCUGUCAUUGCACAGCUGAUUUAAGUAUCUAAAGACUGGAUGUUUUGACAAAAGAGUGUGUUUUGGAAUAACUGAGCGAAGACGAUGGGUUGGCUCAACAUGCUUUCUACAUGUAACGACUUGUUCAACCAAAUUUAUUCCUAUACUAAAGCAGAAAUGUGCACGAAAGGAAAGCACAAGGCUCCUUUAAGAGCAUGUUGCUUCGUCCUGCGAGGGGGUCGUUUUAAGUAGAACAAAGAGAGCCCUCGUAUAGAUCUUGAUGUUAGCACGGAUUAGGGACCAAGGUAUCUGUGCCCACCCAGCAGCAAGCAAACCAGCUUUACUAUGUAAUCCCCCUGCACAGAACAAAUCCACCACAUCAAGCUGAAUUUAGGCCAAACACUACACACAGAGGAAGAAUAGCUCUUGCUUUUAUCACAGCAUACCUCAUAAACUGAAUCAUCUUCCCCUUUUAACAACUGAUUUGUCCAUGAGUUUUUCCAGAUGAGAAUGUGCAGUGAGACUUCCCAAAAGCCCCAGAGGGCCUUGCUACCAGUCAAUAACCUACAUUAAAGUGUGUGACCUGUGACAGCUUCUCAUCUUCAUUACUGAUUGCUCAACUGUUCAUUGGAAAUUUACUUCUUGGUUAGAUGCAAAGAACUCUACAGUGUUAAUAUUAAAGGUAAGAUCCGUAUUUGUUGUCAGUCCAUUAAGACCUCAGAAAAAAAAAAAACUGUUGUCUCACUUGUUUUGUGUUACAGAACCAAAGCUCUCUGCAAACUUUAUUUUUGUA